GUGUGUGUGUGUGUGUGUGUGUGUGUGUGUGUGUGUUUGCAGGAUGUGUGGAAACAAGGGGGCAUAAGCAGGUGCCACGUGGCGUUUGAUGGGCUGAGCCAAAACAAAGAGUGUGUGUGUGUGUGUGUGUUCUCAGCUGUUGAGGGGGAUGCAGGUGUGUGUGUGUGCAAGCAGUAUUUCAUCUACAGUCACUCAUGCUCACCCCCUGAACCUCCCCUCUAAUCCAGCCAGAUCUGAGGGCAGUCAUGUGAGUGGGGGGUAUACACACACGCGACUCGCAUGACACAUUUCUCUCGCAUACACUCACGGUAGGGAGGCACGCAUGGCCUCUUGUCAGCUGUCCCGCACGGUCACAUUCUCUUACAGUCAGCUUUACUCACACACAUCCUCCUCCGCUUUGAUAUGUUGGGAAAGCUGACUCUAUAUCCAGAAACGGACGCACAAGGAAAGUUGGGUCAUCCUCGUACCUUAAGUAUCAAAUCAUCCCUCUCAUUGUUAGGAAUGUUGAGCAUUGCAAAAAUCCCGAAUUGCACAUAUCCUGACAUAAACCCCCAAACAUUUUUGGGGGUUUAUGUCUUCAAGUGUCUGUCAUGGAUGUAAGAUUACAAGUUUUCUUUGAGCCUUUUCUUAAUGCACUCGUUUGUCUUGGCUAAAGCGUCAGAUAUUUUCAGCGGCUUUAGUUGCAGCAGGACUGUGAACACCGCAGCUUGAUAGUGAGGAAGGCCUACCAAUCGGAGCUAUUGUCUAAAUAUGGCUUCUGAGUUGCUCGUGUUUCUCUGGCCCGGCCGUCCGUCUCCACACCUCCAUGGAGAACAUACCACCCCUGUGCGAUGGGACAUUUGACUCUGCUGCACGAAAAUGUGCGUGCCAUGCUCUGACGUUGACUUCAGAGAGGCAUGAGCCGGUGAUGUUAUAACAGAUUUCUGUGACUAGUUUGCCUCUGCCAGGAAGCUGUCUCUUUGACAGUGUGGCCAUUAGGCGUUGCGUCGAGGUCAGUGACUCAGUCAGAGGUGAGACACUUCCCUCCUCUGUACCUGCAAGUAGUUGAACGUCACCGACUGCAACGAUUGAGAAAUUACCUGGAUUUUACCAUAGUCACUACACAGUGAGCACAAGACUGAACAGGACCUCACUUUGUUUACACAAAGAACAACACACCACUUGUUCCAGACUGAAUAUAUCGCAACAAAUAUUGGAUGGAUUGUCAUGACAUUUUUUGUACGCCACUGUGCCAAAGUACAGUCUGUCUACAGCCAACAGACGAGAGUGAAUAUGAGUAAAGCUGCUGGACCCGGUAACAUCCCUGGUUGUGUACUGAGAACAGAAUUAAUGUCAUCACCAUCGUACCAUCUAUUUUAUAUUGCACAAGAUUUCAUUUGAACACAUCAUGACAACGUAGUAAUUUAGCUUUGCCCAAUACUCAUUUCUUUGUAACAAAGCCUAAACGCAUCAUAAUGUAACGGAGUUUAACCUCCACAUGCACACCCCUGUCUAUUGAGCUGAGGUGGAGCAAGUGGAACAGUUUAAUCUCAGCAAUUACUUUAGUAGGUACAACAUUAUCCUAACUGUUAGAAUUGAGCCAUAACAAUUAGAAUUAUUACUUAAGUUGUAGUGAACAGGAAUUAUCCUUGUUGUGCUUACUGGAUGAGAGCUUUUCGCGUUCACCACAGUCAACAACCAUUCUCGGAGCCUCUCUGACUCUUGCCUCUCGGUCUCUUUUCUAUUUUAAACCUCUUUCUGGGGGCUCUGCCUGGGUAGAGUGACCCUGGGUGCACGACAGGAAGGGAGGAGUCUGUGCUGCUGGUGGCAGAGGAAGAGAAUGGAGGGAGAGAGGGGAAAAAGAGGAGAAGACCCUGGCUUGCGGAGCUCAUAGCGAAGGACCGUCAGAUGGCUUUGACAGAGCACAGGCACCAAUUAGGAUGCAAGAUUAGGGGGGCUUUGUACUUUUUUUCCUUACUUCCUGCCUUGGCUUUAUAUCUUUCUUGUGACUCCUCACCCUCCCAUAACCUUAUCCCUCCCUCCCCCCUUCUGUCCUCCUCCAGCCCUGCGACCUGCUCCUUAAACUCUGAGAUUAUACCUGGCUAGACAUUGAGAGGAGUGGAUUAAUAAAGCAGCUCGUGGCUUGACUGGGGGGCACGUUGCAGUGUGAUUUAGCAGGACAACGAGGUGGCUACUUGGAUGUUUAUUUGGGUCCUGGGUGCCUUCUGGCAUGGAUAUGGAGGCGAAUUGCAGGAGUGGGGGAGACUCCUGCUCUAAUCUGCAGAAUAUGACGGUUUGCCACCACCCAGACUGCCAAGACUUGAAUAACAAAAGCCCCCUUCACCUGUGUGAGUCAUGUGACUCACGCAGCCAUUCGGAGAACUCGGACAACAUGCACUUUGACCGGCACCCCCGAUUUGACUUGCAGCCUCAAGCCUCCAUCCUGGCUCGAAACGUGUCCACGCGCUCCUGUCCCCCGCGCACCAGCCCCCCCUCAGACCUGGAGGAAGAGGAUGAGGGGAGCAGUGACCGAGGGGAUCGUAAAACAGGGGGGAUGAAGUUGGUGAAAAAGAAGACACGGAGACGACACACUGACGACCCCAGUAAGGAGUGCUUCAGCCUUAAGUUUGAUCUCAACGUGGACAUAAACACAGAAAUCGUACCUGCAAUGAAAAAGAAAACUCUGAGAGAGGUUCUAGGUCCAGUGUUUGAGAGGAAUGGCAUCGAGCUGUCCCGGGUCGACUUGUUCCUGGAUCAGUCCAACACACCGCUGUCCCUCAACUUUGAGGCCUACCGUUUUGGAGGACACUACCUCAAAGUCAAAGCACGGCUAGGUGAUGAGCUAAAGGUGGAGCAGGGUGUGAAGGACUUGCGGUCGCUUAGUCUGCCCAACAUGAAGCCGUCCGGAGGUCAGAGCCCCUACAUCCUCACGCCAGGCAGCGAGAGGGCGGAGCAUGGAUCUCUGGGACGCAAAGAAACCGUGGAUCUGUUGGGUCAGGCUCGACAAAGGAAGAACAUGACUGAGUUCCUGGGAGAAACGAAUAUUCCUACCCCGGAUGCUGUGGGACAGACUGGUGGCUCUCUGUCCGGCAUCGGGGCCGGUCCCGACAGCUGGAAGAACCGCGCUGCCAGUCGCUUCAGUGGCUUCUUCAGCUCCAAUGCUGGAAUGGGGCCCUUCGGCAAGGAGGCGGAUCGUCUGGAGCAGCUCCAGAGUAAGCUCCACUCCUACAUGUUGUUCGGGCUGCCCAAGGUGCCCCGGCAGCUCUCCUUCCACCAGGACUCCUGGGAGGAGGAGACCAACCUGUCCCUGGAGGACAGCUGGCAGAUGUUACUGGACAACUCCGAGGCAUUGACAAGGCGACAGUUCCACCAGCAGGAGGCGAUAUGGGAGCUGCUUCACACAGAGGCAACCUACAUAAAAAAACUACGAGUCAUCACUGAUCUCUUCCUGAGCGGGCUGCUGAACCUGCAGGAGAGCGGUCUGCUGACGGAGGUGGACCCCGCCAAGCUGUUCAGUAACAUCCAGGAGCUUGUCUGCCUCCACACGUCCCUGUGGAAUCAGGUCAUGCUGCCAGUCCUGACGAAGGCCAGGCAGGCCCGGGCUCUGCUAGACCCCACUGACCUUCACCACGGCUUCAGGACGUUUGGCUCCAGGUUCCAGCCCUACAUCCGUUACUGCAUGGAGGAGGAGGGCUGCAUGGAGAACAUGCGCACGCUUCUCAGGGACAAUGAGCUCUUCAGGACCUACGUCACGUGGGCAGAGACCCAUAAGCAGUGCAACCGUCUGAAGCUGACUGACAUGUUGGCGAAGCCUCACCAGAGACUGACCAAAUAUCCACUCCUACUGAAGAGAGUCCUCAAGAAGACGGACGAGCCGUCGGCCCGGGACAUCGUUAACAGCAUGGUGGCUGCUGUAGAGGGCUUCAUCAACAGUGUGGAGUCCCAGAUGCGACAGCGUCAGGAACAACAGAAGCUGGCCACCAUUUCUGCCCGUAUAGACUCCUACGACGCUGUAGAGGGCAGCAGUGAAGAGGUGGAGAAGAUCCUGAAGGAGUACAACCGCUUCGACCUCAUGGCUCCCAUGAGAGGGAUUUCACCGGAGGAGACUCGACAGCUGCAUCUUGAGGGAGCUCUGAGGAUGAAAGAGGGCAAAGACAGUCGGAUGGAAGUCUAUUGUGUCCUGUUCACCGACCUGCUGCUGAUUACCAAGCCAGGGAAAAGAGUGGAGAAAAUCAAAAUCAUCCGCCAGCCUCUCCUCAUUCACAAUGUCGUCUGUAAGGAACUCAAAGACCCUGGCUCAUUCAUCCUCAUCUACCUCAAUGAGUUCAAGAGUGCAGUGGCAGCCUACACUUUCCAAGCCAACAGCGCCGCCCAGGGGCGAAGCUGGAUCGAUGCAAUCUGCAAUGUCCAGAACCAGCUCCAGAGGCUUCGCACUGAGGAGGUCCUCCGGCAGCAGAACAGUAUGAAGAGAUGUACACCGGGUGAGGAAGAAGAUGAGGAGGAAGAUGAGAGCAGCAACUCAAGUUCACCAUGCCUCAGGCACAAAGACCAGCAGAACUCAAGUCAAUCAGAUGGUUCCACUGAGACCCUGUCGGUGAUGGACAUUGAUGAACCAGGCGAACACCAAGAGCUUCCUUCCCCAAACAUGAACCUCCAGGGAACUAGUAAAAAAGACUCUGAAGUGGCUCUCCUGUCUGAGGUCCUGCAGUCACAGUCCAAGAGCCCCCACAGAGUUCACUCCAGUGUUUAUUCUGAGCACGAUCAGGAGACGGGGCCUGGCGGCGAAGAGCUGGACCCUCUGUGUCGUUCUCUGUCCAUGGACAGCGCCUAUGGCACCCUCUCCCCUGAAUCCCUCAUGAGAGAACUUCCGCCCCAGCCCGGCCAAAGUGAAGGAGAGGAGGAAGAGGGAUACCGGGAGGUCGAGGAGGCGGAGCAGGAAUUGACAGUAUUCAAGGAGGUAGAAGAAGAGCAGCUGCAGGAGGAGGAGGAAGAAGAGGAAGAGGAGGAUUCUGCCUCACUGGGGUCCCAGCUGUCAGUAGUCCAGUCCUGUAAACCUCGCCGGCGGCUUCAUGUUCAGUCACGACUCCACUGCCUCCAGAAGCUUUCCACUCUGGCCUUAUCCCGCUCUGAGGACAAUCUGCUGCAGCACCUCUAUGGUAAAACCCCCGUAUCCCACACACACUCACACAGCUCCAAGGCGCAGGACCAAUCACAACGUAGGGACAUGGACACUUCAACGCUGGCACACAGUAAAAGCCUGACGGAGUUAGGCCAAACCUGCUUGGGGCUGUUUUUCAGUGGCCUUGACCAGUCUGACGACUGCUUGGGCACGAGCACGCCCUCUGACAAACUCUGUGCCACCCUGAGGAGGGUGGAGGCCAAGCGCGGCCGCUCGGCGCCCAACGGACAGCGCGAGGGUGAUGAGUCCCAAAGCAACGGCUCAGACGGGGAAACGGCUCCGUCUGCCUGCGUAGAAAGUAAAAAGGAGUCGACAGCCACCGGUGAGUCGGGGGAGAUGUCACCGAAAAAGAAAAAAUCUCCGCCCCAGCAGCACAAGAAGCUGACUCUAGCUCAGCUGUAUAGGAUACGCACCACUCUGGUCCUCAACUCUACACUCACUGCAUCGGAAGUAUAACCACUUUCCCCACACAGCUGACCUCUGGCACGUGGGCAUAAUGAGGAACAAGACUUGUUUUGCUUCGAUGGACUGAAUUUCUUGCGACACAAAUGCACUCUCUCUUUUGCUGCCCUCUCCCUUCUGGUUGUUUUUUGGACACUUUGAUAGGACCAUUUUUUUCAUGAGAACAGUUUUUCUUUGCUGUUGCAUUGAUUUUCCAAACUUCUUGAGUGGAAGGGGAGAGGCCGAGAGACAUUAACUGCUUUGCACUUUGCAACGGAAGUAGCAUUAUAGGGGCUGGGGACGUUAAAGUGGACUUGGGGGGGGGAGUGUGCACCAGAGUAGAGUUGGAGCUGAAUCCCGCAUCCUCGCAGUCUCCGUUGCCAGAAUCAAAGAGAAGAAACACUAAGUCUUGAAAAUGCUCUCUAUACGUGGCUAAAAACAAACAGCACCUAGGACGUCCUCCUAAUAUUUAUACUACUCCUGGUUUGCUUUAACAAAAGAAAAAAAAAUUCAAAUUGCACAGUUAUAUAUAUAUGUUAAGUAGAAGAAUCACUAAAGAGUGAAUUUACAAUUACAGUCACACAAUGAAUUAGAAUUUAUUGUUUGCUGUCCGUGUUUGUUCGUGUACAGAUGUAUGUAUGUGUGCGAGAAUGUUUGAAUGAUUAUCUUGUGUUUGAACGAUAACAUGGUCCUCGAUUCCUGACUGAACAAUAACUGAUUCCUCAUCUCCUCUGUGAAUAUGCUAACACACCCAAAGAUGGAAGUAGCCAGUAGAUUCCCACCAACCAAAAAGGUCCAAUACAGCCAAUCAUGUUUCAACAGAUCUCUCAGAUGGAAUUCUUUUUUUUUUUUUUUUUUACUGUUAAUCUCUGUUAAACUAAUGUCAUUUGGUAUGUUGAACUAAUGAGAGUUGAGUUCCCGAAAAAAACACUUUGACUGAAUAAGCACAAGCAAGAAUGUGGUCGUAGGAAAAACACAAAAAGAUAUCUACACUUGACUAAUGCCUGUGCACACUAAUAAGUACACAUGUUUGGGUUGGAUAUUCUGUCAUGAGUGAAUUGGAUGAACACAGCUUUUCCCGGGAGAUUUACUCAUCAUUCACACUUUUCAGAUCAGUGAUUUAUAACCUUUUUCCAAACGUUGCCCAAAUCAAAUAGGUUAACUCUGUUUACUUUUAGGUUUUUUUUUUGUUAUUAAUGUGUAAUAUUUAUUUUGCUUGCUAUGUUUUAUAUAUAAGAUAUUGUUUAUAUUGUUUGCUUAAAUGAUUUGUACAUUUGUUUUGUUGAUGUAGUCUUAAUAUUUUUUUCUUGCCAGGCACGAUUGUGCUAUGAACCAAAAUUGUGUUUUCCUCUUUCAGGAAUAAUGUUCGUGUCUUACAGAGUAAAAAAAAUGCUAAAAUACUUUAUCCCUCGUUUAAUGGUUUAAUCCAUUGUAAUGGAGUGAUUUGAGGGGGAAAGCUGAAUCUGAAAUGGCAUUAAGCAUUAAAACUACAUGAACUGGU